AUGGCUAACAACGGGGGUGAACAAGCAUCAGCCAGUGCUACACUCGCAUCAAGCGAAGUAAUCAAGGUGUCAAUAAAAGUACCACCCUUCUGGAGCAGCAAUCCAUCGUUAUGGUUUCGUCAACUCGAAAUUCAGUUCGUGUUGAAUGGAAUUACGGCAGACAUGACCAAGUUUUAUUACACCGUGUCCCAAUUAGAACUGAAGUAUCUACAAGAAGUCGAGGACGUGGAGGAAAUUGGUGACAGGACACCGUCGCAAUUUUUGCGACAUUUAAAAACAUUAGCCGGAGACAACACAUUGUCGGAAAAUUUCCUGAGGACAAUGUGGAUGAAUCGACUCCCAGCAUCCACGAGGACAGUCUUAGCCACCCGAAUGUACGAACCCGUGGACAAGAUGGCAACUCUAGCGGACAAAAUAAAUGAAAUGACACCGAUCGGACAUUGCGCAGCAGUCACUCCGAAUCCGGAAAUAGCAGCGUUGUGCGAGCAAGACGUGGAAGAUGGAGACGAUGGAGUCGCAAUCGCAGCCGUAGCCGCAGCCCAAGCCCAUCUCAACCAGGAGUGUGCUGGUACCACCGGAGGUUCGGAGAAAAGUCGACGAGAUGUACAACGCCCUGCACAUAUGUACGUCCAGCAACAGGGAAACGAAGCCGAUCUAAUGAAAUAA